UGAAGACCCAGGACUGUUGUGCAACUUAAAAAUUGUUCACAGGAAGAAUGGGACAAAAUGACACCUGACACUAUGGCUGCACGAUAUAUCGAAAAAUAUCGUUAUCGCGAUAAUAGCGUGUGCGAUAUGCGUAUCGCAAAGACGUGCGAUAAAUUAAUAAUUUUAUAUGGUAUUUUAUGCGUUUGCUGCACAUGUUUGGUGUUUAUCUGAGUUUGACCAAUCAGACGCGACCUUAAUAACGCACCCAGCCAUCCACCCCCCCUAGAUACUGUUCUCCUAUUGGCUAGAGCGGACUCAUAUGCGCACAGUGACUCACAGCAGCGGGAGAACAGGAAAUGAGCGAGGACGAAAACAACGAACAACUUGUGCCCAAAAAGAACACCACUUCUGAAAUAUGGGACUAUUUCGGCUUAAGGAGAGAAGACAUAGCACAGACACAGGUACUGUGUAAGUCAUGUCGGAAAAUAGUGGCAACGUCGAGAGGAAACAACAAAUCUACACAGUUACAUGGAGCGGAACCACAAAAACCUAUAUGAUGUCUUCAAGUCUAAAACUCCCAAAACUACUAACGUGAGGGCAAGUUACAAAAAAAACGAUCCACAGACCACCAUUAAUGAACGUUUUGCCAGUGUCACCCCUUACGGAAAAACGUCGAAGCGCCACAAAGCUAUUACCGCAGCUGUUGCACGUUAUGUAGCCAAAUGCAUGAUCCCAGUAAGUACCGUGGGCAAAGAGGGCUUUUUGGAUCUAAUGAAGGAAGUGGACCGGAGAUACCAAGUGCCAUCGCGCAAUUACUUCUCCCAAGUCGCCAUUCCACAAAUCUCCCAAGUCGCCAUUCCACAAAUGUACGAGGUAUGUGUAGUGACUGUAAAGGCUGAGCUGCAGCAAGUGGACUUUUAUACUAGCACCACAGACCUGUGGUCCAGUCGCACCACCGAACCCUACAUGAGCUUUACUGUUCACUUUAUCAGCAAAGACUUUGAACUAACAACACGCUACCUGGAAGCUGCAUAUUUCCCUGAAUCCCACACCAGUGAAAACAUAGCCACUGCUCUGCAGGAUGUUUUAGCAAACUGGGGCUUGAAAGAAGAGAAACAAGUGUCUAUUACAACAGACAACGGCGCUAAUGUAGUAAAAGCUACCGAACUCAACAAGUGGGUCAGACUACAGUGCUUUGGCCACCGCUUGCAUCUGGCCAUUGAGAAUGCUGUUAAAGGUGAUGAGCGCAUUACUCGAGCUGUAGGUCUUUGCAAGAAGUUAGUGGGACAUUUCUCCCACAGCUGGAAGGAGAAGAUGGCACUGAAAAAGGCACAGCAAGAUCACCACCUCCCAGAGCACGCACUCAUCACAGAAUGUCCUACUAGAUGGGGAUCCAGGCAACACAUGAUUCAGAGAGUUCUUGAGCAGCAGAAGGCCAUAUGUGAAGUUUUAUCAGCAGACAGAAAGUCAAGACAUUUAGUUCCCACUUGGCAAGACCUAGAUGUUCUGGAGUCCAUUAACCAGGCACUGCAGCCUCUACAAGAGUUCACAGAUGCCCUUUCUGCUGAAAGAGAUGUGAGUGUUUCAUGUGUCAAACCGGUCCUACACGUGAUGAACACCUCUCUUCUUGCUGCAAAGGACGAAGACAGUGACUUAACAAAGUGCAUAAAGAAAAAGAUCCUGGACUACAUGAACACAAAGUAUGACAACCCAGCUACUCAAGAACUUCUGGACAUGGCAUCCUUUGUGGAUCCCAGAUUCAAAGCUGGCUACAUCAGCAGUGACAAGGUCCUCAACAUCAAAGCAAGAGUGAUGUCUGAAAUUGAAUCCAUCUUCAUCCUGCUCUAA